AACGCGUAAUUGAAAAUGAUGUGCUCCUAACGCGGAUACCACGAGGAAUACUACGAAAAAAGACGCUCUAGUGUUGGCAGAGAAAGAGUGAAACUAGUAAAGUAAUUGAAAAAAAAGUAUAAUAAGAAUUUCACAAACCAAAAAUUGCACAUUUUUUAACAAACAAAAAAUUAAAAAUAUGCCGCUCGCGACUCGCCUGCUCUUCUUACUUGCCGCCUGCAUACUAAAUGUGGUCUUACAGCGCCUAACGGUCAACGCUGACACAAAAGUGCUAAACACACUCAGCAUACAUCAGCCGGGCUACAGUAGCCGUCAUGAGGUCAUCACACUCGAUAACGCCGGCACCGCUGAUGAGGAGCUGGUGGUUAGAGGCAAUUAUACCGUUGAACUCGGCCCACCGAACAAGGACGGUCUCAUAUUUGUGGCUAACACAGAGUAUACGGCCGAUAAGAAUGGAUAUCAUGUGCAUUAUCGUAUCGAGGCGAGACCGCUAUUGGAAACCCGGUUGAGUGGCAGUGUGUUAAUGACUGCAGCGGGCUAGAGAGUCAGGUGUUGUCGCAAAAUGUUUGUGUGUUUGGAGAUCCUUCGAAAGUGAAAUUACUGUUUGAGUAUUAUUUUCUAUAUACUAGAUGCCUAAUUAUGGUUAUACAUAUGUAUAUGGUAUUGCAUAUACUCAUAUUGCCUAAGUUAUGAAGUUGCUUAAAACAAGUUGUAAGCUUAAAUUAAGU